AUGAACGAGGCCGACGCCCACAGCCAACCGCGAGACCAAGCCGCAGAAACGGCUUCCUCGGCCCUCGCCCCUCAUCAACCCGCCGCUAAAUCGCCCACGGCCAGCAAACUCUACGAGGAGGCCGAUGUCGACGAGCUGUCGCCAGAAGAAGCCAUGAAAGUUGAUGACACAGCCCUCGCCAACUCCUCGCCCUCGGCCAGCAAGGGAAAACAAACUUUCGCGGAGUACCUUACGAAGCUGAGGGAUGUCGAGCAGUCUCUAAGGAUUCUUCGCAACAAAGACCGUGCACUUUCGAUCCAGCGAUCGCGGGCUGAAGCAAAAGAGAAUGCUCUACUACGGAAAUACGGCGAGACUGACGCAGCCCGCCUCGCGACCAAAAAGGAAUUCGAACGAGUGAUGGCUGUAUAUGACACAAGCGUCGGUAACUGCCACGAAAUCCCGCGGCGUGGAAGGUAUCGGUGCACCGUCGCCCUCGGCAAACGAAAUCCUACGGCGUGGCAAGGCGUGAGCCACAGUCGCUAUCGCCCUCGGCACCCGAAAUCCUUCGGCGUGGAAAGGUAUCGGUCACCGUCGCCCUCGGCACCCGAAAUCCUGCGGCGUGGAAAGGUAUCGGUCGCUAUCGCCCUCGGCACUCGAAAUCCUUCGGCGUCGAAAGUCGCUAUCGCCCUCGGCACUCCGAAAUCCUUCGGCGUCGAAAGG